GGCUGUUCGGGAGCGCGCCCUAGUGCCCCACCCUACCCGGGCGCCCUUCGCGGCUAGCCACCGGCACUGGUAGGUUGGGCCGGGUAAGGCAGACAGAAAGCCGGGGAAGAAGGACGGGAAGAGCCGGCCCUGAGAGGUUACCUGCUCUAGAAAGACGGAGUCUUGCUCCUAUUCAGAGUUGGUCUCAAACUCAGAAAGCUCAAGCAAUCCACUCGCCUCAGCUUCCCAGAGUGCUAGGAUUACAGGUGUGAGCCACCGAGCCCAGCAGCACAUGCAUUAUUUAAAUCUGAUCUCACAGGUGUCUUUCCGUUGAAUCACAUGGUCUGGCCCAGUUGGAGCCAGGAGCACACCCCGGCCUACAGGUCCCAGUCCACACCCUGCUAGCAUCUGCUUGCCAGACCAAUUGGAAUCAGUGGACCACGCCCCCGCCUGCCAGUCUCAGUCCACUGCCUGGCAAGCCUCUUUUCACAGACUCCGUUAAGAGUCAGGGCACUGCACCCUGCCCACAAGUUUCAGUCCUCACCUGGGUGGUGUCUAGGUUCAUAAGUGGGACCUCCCUGGAGAAAGACCUGGAGUUUAGCGGCUCACUCUAGUAAGCUUGCCGAACUUCUUUCUUGGCUCAGCUCCCCGCCCUUGGCUUCAUAGACUGAUUCCAUCCAGGUUUUCUUCCUCUGCUCAGGAGCCUUUGCUGAGGUUUUCUACCAGUCAGCCAUCUUCCCUGAAUUCCAGAAGUAAAUAUAUUAAUAGAAAGAAGACUUGUUGGAAAUGUGGUGGUUUCAGCAAGGCCUCAGUUUCCUUCCUUCAGCUCUUGUAAUUUGGACAUCUGCUGCUUUGAUGUUUUCAUACAUUACUGCAGUAACACUCCACCAUGUAGACCCUGCCUUGCCUUACAUCAGUGACACUGGUACAGUAGCUCCAGAAAAAUGCUUGUUUGGGGCAAUGCUCAAUAUCACUGCAGUUUUAGGUGUCGCUACCAUUUAUGUUCGUUAUAAGCAAGUUCAUGCUCUGAAUCCUGAAGAGAACUGUAUCAUCAAAUUAAACAAGGCUGGCCUUGUACUUGGAAUACUGAGUUGUUUAGGACUUUCUCUUGUGGCAAACUUCCAGAAAACAGACCUUUUUGCUGCACAUGUUAGUGGAGGUGUGCUCACUUUUGGUAUGGGUUCAUUAUAUAUGUUUGUUCAGACCAUCCUUUCCUACCGAAUGCAGCCCAAAAUUCAUGGCAAACAAGUCUUCUGGAUCAGACUCCUGUUGGUUAUCUGGUGUGGAGUAAGUGCCCUUAUCAUGCUGACUUGCUCAUCACUUUUGUACAGUGGGAAAUUUGGGACUGAUUUAGUACAGAAACUCCAUUGGAACCCUGACGACAAAGGUUAUGUGGUGCACAUGAUUACAACUGCAGCUGAAUGGUCUAUGUCAGUUUCCUUCUUUGGUUUUUUCCUGACUUACAUUCGAGAUUUUCAGAAAAUUUCUUUACGGGUGGAAGCCAGUUUACAUGGAUUGACCCUAUAUGACACUGCUCCUUGCCCUAUUAACAAUGAACGAACACGACUACUUUCCAGAGAUUUUUCAUGAAAGGAUAAAACAUUUCUGUAAUUAUUUUGAUUCUCAGGGAUUGGGGAAAGGUCCACAAAAGUUGCUUAUUCUGGUCUGAAAUUUUCAACUAGUUAAUCAAGGUUAACAGUGAUGUUGGUGAAUAGUGAUAAUCAGGAAACAUGAAAUAAGCCAUUCGAUGAGUUAUUUUAAAGGAUAUCAUCAAGAUGACUUUAAAAAUAUUCAUGCCUAUACUUUUUUUAUUCCAGAAAAUAAAACCAAAGGACU